AUGGCAGAAACUCACGUUUACCGCAACCCCAUCAUCCCCGGAUUCGCUCCUGAUCCGUCCGUCGUAUUUGUCGAUGGGAUUUUCUACCUCGUUACAUCUUCCUUUCACGUCUUUCCCGGAAUCCCAAUCUACGCGUCGACGGACCUGCAAGAAUGGAAGCAUAUUGGCAAUGCGAUCAACCGCAAGGAGCAACUCGACCUCAGCCGAGCCGGAACUGCUGUGAUGCCCCUUGACACUGGAAAUAUCAUGGUCUCGAGCGCAGGCCUCUUCGCCGCAAGCAUCCGAUACCACAACGGCACCUUUUACAUCGUUUGCACCAACGCAACUCGCGAGAAUGAUGAAUUUUGCCUCGACAACUUUUACAUCAGCACAACCGACAUUUGGUCUGGACAGUGGUCCGACCCCAUCUCCUUCCCCUUUAGCGGCAUUGAUCCCAGCAUGUUCUUUGAUGAGGACGGCCGUGUCUACGUCCAGGGCUGCUGGAUGAUUAACCGCUUGCAGCAACCUAGCUGCACGAUCAAGCAAUUCGAGGUUGACUUGAAGACUGGCCAGCCUCUGUCUGAAAUCAAGGAAAUCUGGGGCGGAUAUGCAAAGUAUGACACAGAGGGUCCUCACAUUUACAAGCGGGGUGAAUACUACUACCUCCUUGUAGCUGAGGGCGGCACCUUCGAGCAUCAUCUGCUGAGCAUUGGUCGCUCAAAAAACAUCUGGGGCCCUUACGAAUCAUGCGAGACGAACCCUAUUAUGACUGCCGAUGGCAAGCCGGAUGAGUACAUUCAGAACAUUGGCCACGGCGAGCUCUUCCAGGACCAGAACGGACUGUGGUGGGCCGCGGUUCUUGGUGUUCGGAAUGACAACAACAGCCCGCCUUUGGGUCGCGAGACGUUCUUGACAGCGGUGGACUGGCCUGAAGGUGGCUGGCCUACUGUGCAGCAGCCCAAGAUGCAGUUCGAGCGCAGCAUACCGGGUUCUCCUGGCGAUAGCAGCAAGAAGCUGCCGUCCCCCGAGGAUGUCGACUAUGUUUACAUCCGCGAUGUGGACUUUGAAAACUACGAAUUCGGCGGCAAAGAUGACGAGCGAGUCUUUAAACUGCGUGCCAGCGCCUCCACCAUCUCCACCCCGUACGGCACGGCCACUUUCGUUGGCAAGCGUCAGAGGUCCCUGGACGCCAGCGCCUCUGUCGUUCUAGAUCUUUCUGCUACACCAUCUGGCAAGGCUGUAGCCGCAGGAUUGACGGUUUACAAGGACGCAUUGCGCCAUGUGUCCCUGGCAUACGACUUUCAAGCAUCCAAGCUCACUUUUGACGUGACGACGACAUCGGAGGACAAGAAGCAAUCCGUCAACCUGCCUGUGGAUGCCUCCGCCACAGCAUUGAGGUUGCGCGUCGAAACAUCAACGCAGGAAUGCAAAUUCUUUUAUGCGACAGAGGAGAACUCUCCAUGGAAGGAAGCUGGAGUGGCCCGCGUGGCGGACUUGGUCGCGAGAGAGAUGACUGGGCCUAUAUUCGGCCUGUUCGCGCAUGCAGUGGAGGACCAGGGCGUUGGAAGCGAGGUGAAAUUCGAAAAGUUCAUUUUGGAAGGGCAGAAGAGCCUUGUAGAAUAA